AUGGUUCCACUGGAUGCAGCAGAAGUCCAACCAGAUUACACUGAAAUGAAAAGUCGAAAUAAUAAUCCUAACCAUUCAGUAACUGAAAGCUGUCGCAUUAUUCAAGUAAAUAAACCGCAGUUGGUCAACUACUGUAAGAAUAAUAUAAGCACUGCGAAAUAUAACUUCCUCACUUUUCUUCCGAAAUUCGUGACAGAACAGUUCCGAAGAUAUGCAAACAUAUUUUUCCUAGUUAUCGCUCUUCUCCAGCAAAUUCCUGGUGUUUCACCUACUGGAAGAUUCACCACCCUUGUGCCUCUCUGCAUCAUACUUACUGUUUCAGCCAUUAAAGAAGUGAUAGAGGAUUUUAGACGACAUCGUGCUGACGACGCUACAAAUAACGAGCAGACUUUGGUAUUACGCAAUCAUGUUUGGGUUAAAAUAUGUUGGAAAGAUUUAGAGGUAGGAGAUUUAGUCAAAGUUCUCAGUAAUGAAGGGAUCCCAGCUGAUCUUGUCCUUUUGGCGUCUAGUGAACCUCAGGCUAUGUGCUAUAUUGAAACUAGUAAUCUAGAUGGAGAAACAAACCUGAAAUUACGUCAAGGUUUGCCAGUCACAACUCAUCUUUUAACUGCUGGAGAAUUAAGCUCUUUUGACGCGGUUGUUGAAUGUGAACCACCCAAUAGAAAGUUGGAUGAAUUUGUUGGUGUUAUUCGUACUGCAGAUGGAAUAGCACAUCCUUUAAAUCCAACACAAUUAAUUUUACGAGGUGCAUCAUUAAAGAAUACAAAAUGGAUUUUUGGUUUAACUGUGUAUACAGGUAAAGAAUCUAAAGUGAUGUUGAAUUCAACGGCAGCUCCUUUAAAACGAUCAACAGUUGAACGUCAAACUAAUACCUAUAUCUUAUAUCUGUUCGGUGUACUGCUCUUCUUGACCUUGUUCACGUUUAUUGCAAAUUUAGUUUGGACAUCACGGAAUGAGAAAAAAAUGUGGUAUCUACAAGAAAAUGUUGAUAUUAGAAGCGAUCUUCGACGUUUACUGGAUUUUAUCACCUGUCUCAUUUUGUAUAACACCAUCAUACCAAUCAGUCUGCCAGUGAUGCUUGAAGUUGUACGGUUUAUCCAAGCAUUGUAUAUUAAUUGGGAUUUGGAUAUGUAUGAUCCGGAUUCGGAUACACCAGCUAUGGCACGUACCUCUAAUUUAAAUGAAGAAUUAGGUCAAGUUCGUUAUUUAUUCUCUGAUAAGACCGGAACGUUAACUCGUAAUGUGAUGGAGUUCAAAAGAUGUUCAAUUGGUGGUAUUAUGUAUGGUAAUAAUACUGAAGAUUCAAAUGCUUUAGAAGAUCAAAAUCUAAUUAAUAAAUUAAAUACUGGAGAUUUAUUAGUUGAUCAAUUCUUCACAAUCUUAGCUGUUUGUCAUACUGUUGUACCAGAACGUAAUGUCAGUGAAAAUAAUACAAAUGAUGAUAAUAAUGUUGCUGUUUUCGGUAAUCUCGAUAGUGAACAAUUGAUUAAUUAUCAAGCUUCUUCUCCAGAUGAAGCAGCUCUUGUGAAAGCUGCACGUACUAUGGGUUAUGUGUUCACUACUCGAACGCCGACAGAAGUUGUUGUUAAAAUUCGUGGUGUCGAGAAACAUUAUGGAAUAUUACAUGUACUUGAUUUUACCAGUUUUCGUAAACGUAUGGGUGUUGUAGUUCGUGAACCUAAUGGACGUAUUUCCGUAAUGGUCAAAGGAGCGGAUACUGUUAUUUUUGAACGAUUGGCCCUCAGUAGUCUAUUUACUCAGUCAACUAUGGAUCAUCUGGAGAGUUUUGCUAAAACUGGUCUACGAACAUUGUGCAUUGCAUGGACUGAAGUUGAUCCAGCAUUUUAUAAUAAAUGGGUAGGAAAUUUUUACAAUGCUAGCACAGCAUUAAACGAUCGUGAAGCUAAGCUAGAGUCGGUUGCUAAUGAAAUUGAACAAAAUCUUCAACUUCUUGGAGCAACUGCCAUUGAAGAUAGAUUACAAACAGGCGUGCCACAUACUAUAGCUAAUUUAAUGAGAGCUGGUAUUUCUAUUUGGGUUCUGACUGGAGAUAAACAAGAAACAGCUAUCAAUAUUGGCUAUUCUUGUCAGUUAUUAACGCAAUCUAUAAGCUUACUAACUAUGAAUACUAAGUCGUUAGAUCAAACACGUGAGCAAUUAGUGAAUUUAAUUGAAGAUUUCGGUGAUCGAAUACGAAUGGAGAAUGAUUUUGCUUUAAUUGUUGAUGGUGAAACACUGGAGUUUGCGUUAUUAUGUGAAUGCAGAGAACAGUUUUUGGACGUUGCUUUAUCCUGUAAAUCGGUUAUAUGUUGCAGAGUUAGUCCAUGGCAAAAAGCACAGUUGGUAAAAUUAGUUCGUCAGUCGAUUAAAGAUGCAGUUACUCUGGCUAUAGGCGAUGGAGCAAAUGAUGUUGGAAUGAUACAAGCCGCUCAUGUAGGUGUUGGGAUAAGUGGCAUGGAAGGCAGACAAGCAGCAUGUGCAUCAGAUUAUGCAAUAGCCCAAUUCCGUUUCCUAAAUAAAUUACUUUUAGUACAUGGUGCAUGGAAUUAUAAUCGAUUGACUAAAUUAAUACUUUAUUCGUUUUAUAAGAAUGUUUGUCUUUAUUUAAUACAAUUUUGGUUUGCCAUACUAAGUGGAUUUUCUGGUCAAAUUGUGUUUGAACGAUGGAGUAUUGGUUUAUAUAAUGUGAUAUUCACUGCAGCUCCACCAAUGGCUUUAGGACUAUUUGAUCGAAGUUGUAGUGUUAAUAAUUGUUUAAAAUAUCCAGAAUUGUACAAAGAUACUCAAGCAUCAGCUUCGUUUAAUCCGAAAGUUUUCUUUUGUUGGAUUCUCAAUUCAAUUUAUCAUUCAUCCCUCCUAUUUUGGAUUCCGUUAUUGGCUUUCUCUGUAGGUACUGUCUAUGCAAAUGGUCAAACUUCAAGUUUAUUAGUCUUGGGCAAUAGUGUUUAUACAUAUGUAGUUGUGACGGUUUGCUUAAAAGCUGGUCUAGAGCAUACCGCAUGGACAUGGUUAUCACAUUUAGCAAUAUGGGGUAGUAUCGGUUGCUGGUUCCUAUUUCUUACUAUUUAUCCUCAUGUUUAUCCAACUUUACCGUUGGCAUCAGAUAUGGUUGGUAUGGAUUCUGCUGUUUAUGGAUGCAGUAUUUUCUGGUUUGGUUUCUUACUGAUACCUAUGAUUGCAUUGACACGCGAUAUUGCUUGGAAAAUGGCUAAACGUGUUACAGCCGGUACGUUACGUGAACAAGUCAUGCAAAUGGAACAAAUGCAAGUUGAUCCAGGUCGUUUGAUUCGUGCUAGUAUUCGUCCGAAAUCUACCGACCGUUCCGCGUUUGUGCGGAUUAUGCGUAGAAGUAUGGGUUCACAGGCAUUGCUUAAUCUUUGUCUUGGUGCUAGUGUACGUACAAGUACAACAUCACCGACACCCAUAACAGAUCCUCGGCAAACAGAUCAUGGUUAUGCAUUUUCUCAAGAAGAACAUGGUGCAGUCAGCCAAUCUCAAUUGAUUCGUGCUUAUGAUUCAACUCGACGAAAACCUGAUGGCAGAUAA